AUGCCGCCUUCAGACGUCUCUGAACCCCCUGCUGUGUGUUUUGUCUUGCAGCUGACGAGGAGGAUCUAUAAGGGAAUCCCUCUGCAGCUCCGAGGGGAGGUGUGGGGUCUGCUGCUCGACAUUCCCAAAAUCAAGGAGGAGAAGAAAGACUACUACGAGAAAUUAAAAGCCCGAGCCCGAGGCGUCUCGCCCGACAUCCGCCAGAUCGACCUGGACGUGAACCGGACCUACAGGGACCACAUCAUGUUCAUGAACCGCUACGAUGUCAAGCAGCAGGCUCUGUUCCACGUCCUCACGGCGUACUCCAUGUACAACACGGAGGUGGGUUACUGUCAGGGCAUGAGUCAGAUCACGGCUCUGCUGCUCAUCUACAUGAAUGAAGAGGACGCCUUCUGGGCUCUGGUCAGACUGCUGUCAGCACCGAAGCACUCCAUGCACGGUUUCUUCGUCCCCGGUUUCCCGAAGCUGAUGCGUUUCCAGGAGCAUCACGACCGCAUCCUGAAGAAGACGAUGCCCAAACUGAAGCAGCACCUGGACAACCAGGAAGUGUUCACCAGCCUGUACACCAUGAAGUGGUUCUUUCAGUGCUUCCUGGACAGAACUCCGUUCACCCUCACCCUGAGGAUCUGGGACAUCUACAUCCUGGAGGGUGAGAGGAUACUGCCGGCCAUGUCCUACACCAUCCUCAAACUGCACAAGAAGCAUCUGAUGAAGCUGACCAUGGAGGAGCUGGUGGAGUUCCUGCAGGCCACUCUGUCCAAAAACUUCUUCUACGAGGACGACGUCGUGGUCGAGCAGCUGCAGACGUCCAUGACGGAGCUCAGGAAGAACAAGCUGGACCUGCCUGCUCCAGGUAAAGACGACGAGUUUCCAAAGAAGCCUCUCGGGCAGCUUCCUCCCGAGGUGACGGUAGACGGGGCGGUCCACGUGGGCAACGGGCAAAGCCACGUCGAGCCUGUUGAACCUCCAAGGGACCCGAGUCCUGUGGCUGAGCGUCAACGAGAGAGUCGUCCCCCCAGCCGGGCGCGCCGCGACUCGCUGGAGAAACCGAUCCGCCACCACAAAGCUGAGAGGAGGGAUGUUCGCUCCAGGGGGUCUGGGGAGAUCCCCAACGAGCAUCAUAAGCAGUCCAACUCCACCACGCCUGAGCGGGGUACGACGCCAACCUCAGCCCCGACCCCGAUACCGCAGCUCAACACCAACGAAAGAAGGAAGCAGCAGAUUCAUGCCACCGCCAACCACAACUCCAACGCCGCCUCCAGUUCUCACAAGGAGAUCACGCCACGCUGGUUCAAACCCUCCGAGACCAAACUGGAAGCAGCUAAAGCGGCGGCGGCCCGGGAGGUCCACCGCGGCAGAGGGGCGUCACCGGCCCCGUCCAGCCCUGAAGACUCUGCUCUUCUUCACCGCCGGCCACGCUCAAAGGGGUUCGUCCCCGGGACCGACAGAGGCUCCAACGCCUCCCAGUACGACAACGUACCGGGGCUACCAGAGCAAGACUUUGAGAUCCUAGAGCUUGAGAGACCUCCGUCCAGAAUGAGGACCCCACCUUUCAGUGUAUCGUCCCAAAAUCCAGGCAGUCCUAACCGUGGACCCAGUCAUGCAGGUAGCGUUGUUUCGGUUUCAUCAGUGCCCAGGAUGCCCAAACACCCUGUCCCGCCUCAGUUUUCUCACAACAGUCCAGCGAGGAUCCAGGCCGGGUACCCUGGCAACCACAACCAGUACCACACUCCUACACCGCAGCACUCCUCGGGAAGACCCACAGCUGAGGUCCCCAUAUUACAUCCGGCCUAUAGCGUGAGCCUGGACCACAGAGGGGAGGACAGACUAUAUCCUCCACCGACCCGGUUCACCCCGCCCUCUAACGUGGCUUACGGGGAACGAGCGUACGCCACCACCCAAAGACGGAGCAACAGUCCUUCCCCUGAGAAGGCUCUCAUGAACAACUCCUACACCACAUAUCGAAGGCAGGCGCCGCCCAACUCCACCCACAACACCCGACAUGCCGCCAGGCCUCCACCCGAGCACGCUCGGCUUCCACCCGAGCACGCCCUGCAGCUGGAAACCCAGGGACGCUCCACCCCUAUCUACCUGCAACAGCUCACCUCCACCUCCACCUCACAGGUCUACGCUACGCCGGCAGACUACAGGUUUGAGGGGAAUCAGAGAGUCGAAGCGAACCCGCACUAUCAUCACCCAGAAGGCGGACCCCGGCGGCUCGUUGACGGACUCACGUGGGCUCCAGAGGGUGAGCUGCCCCCUCCUUCCCCGGGUGGGAUGCCCCGCUCCCCGAGCUUCCAGCGAGCCCAAAUGUCCCCCGUUCAGGAAUUCACGUUCCCCGACAACCCCGACACCCUCCUUCACUACAGGACACAGUUCCAGGAGCAGCAGCAGCCGGUCAUAAUGCAACAGCUCCCCCAGCUGUUCGGAGGACCACACUACAGGCACGCACAGGAGGCGUUCGCCCUGCAGGAGUCCAUGCUGCUGUGAUCGGAGCGAGUAAGAGACACUGUAAACAAACUGAGGAGUAGUCACUGACACUGUGCUGAAGACGAGCGGAUCUGUUAGGGACCUGGUUUUUGUUCUGCUCUGAUGUUCUUGAUGUGUGAAGUAGGGGAGAACGGGGUUGGCUGUCACACUUUUUACUGUUUUGAUGAUUGCUCAUCAUCAACACAUCUCUCAAUAGUCAGUCCUACAUUGAAUUGAAGCUUAAGGUGUUGAAAUGUGGAUCCCUCUCAUUUUCCAACUCAUAGUAACAAAGAGGCGAUUAGCUAUCAAAGACACUCCCCAUCAUGGGGUUGGUUGUCACACACUAUGGGGUUGGUUGUCACACUAUGGGGAUGGUUGUCACACUAUGGGGUUGGUUGUCACACACUAUGGGGUUGGUUGUCACACACUAUGGGGUUGGUUGUCACACACUAUGGGGUUGGUUGUCAUAAUGGUACUUCAAUGGGAAAAAUCUUUUAAAGAAGGCAGAACUAAAUUUGAAAGUUUAAUUGCACUGACAAGUGAUAGACCUACAUAACUUUUAAUGCAUUUUAACAUCAAGUGAGGACCAUGACCAGGAAACACAUCUUUAGGCCGGCCUAUAUAACAACAUAAAGAACCAAACAAACAGGCCUGACAAUAACGGCCGACUCAACUCCACUAGGCUUCAUGCAGUCACUGUCUGAGUUACAGUGAUGGCAGAUGUAGGGUCUGCACACUCCAACUCAUUUCACCAUGCAUGAUUUUUAAAUACUGCAAGGUGCAAUGCUCAUGGUGGAUUAAGGUGGGGUCAGACUGAGUCUGAUCCUGUCUUGGUGUUGGGUCUCUGUGCAUAAUUUGACAUAGAGUGGUCUAGACCUGCUCUGUUUGUAAAAGCAUCUUGAGGUAACGUUUGUUGUGAUUUGGCGCGAUACAAAUAAAGAUUGAUUGAAGAUGAUUUUGCCCACAUGUGACAACCAACCCCAACUGGAUUUUUUUGCUAGCAUCAAGGCUAGCAACCAUUUAACAAGUAGUUAGCUAGCUAAUAAGACUCUAAACUAUAGCUUCCCCCUCACACUUUGUAAGGGUAACACUUGUUUUGUUAUAAACCCAUCGUUUAAAAGCCUAGAAGAAAAAUACUGAGGAGCUGAAUAUUUACAAUUUGACAUGAAAAACACAAAAAGUCCACCGCAAGUUCAGCUGUCUUACUCCAGAGUGAGUGAGCUCUGAUGCUAAUUCUGGAAAUGUGCAUACCCCAAUUAGAGAGACAGCGCCCUCUGGUGGCGAGGUAUAUAACGAGUGUGCCAACCAACCCGUGUGACAGCCAACCCCGUUCUCCCCUACUGACCUUUCUGACUGUCACACUGCAUCCAAACGUUGCAGGACACGCCAGCCUCUGACGUUUUUACUGAUCACUUUAAAAAAAAAAAGAGAGAGAGAGAGAAAAGGAAAAAACUGACUGAAGAUUUUAUUUUAUUUUUGGAUGUAAAUCAUUAACGAGAGGCGACAGUAUAUAUCUUUUAGAGUCUGAUAUGUACAGUGGAUUGUUUGUUAAUAUGCUGAGUUGUUAUCAGUAGCAGGGGAAUCAUUUUCCAUCUUUUAUUUUUUAUAUGUUACUUUCAGAUAUUUCCAUUAGAGAUGAAUUCACUCUAUAUGCUUGUGAAUGUUUAUUUUUCAAAGAGAAGAAAUCAAACCAUAUCCAAUGAUAGAAAUAGAGCGUAGUGAUAAAAGCUCACUGUAUGUUUGAUUUACACUCUGAAGCGCGGCCUCCACUGUAGAAGGAGCGGUUGUUGAUUUUUAGUUCUUUCUAGUUUGAGAUAAUAUUGCUUUUUCUGAUGAACUGAUGUGCAAUUAAUUUCUCUUUCAUGCUUGAAGUACAGUAUCUUGGUAAAUACGUGUUUUUGAGGCCAGUGUAGUGUUUGAUUCACUUCAAACCACUGAGUAGACUCAAGAAAUAGAGCUAAUUUAUGAGGGCUAAUAAUCUAUAUUUGUUUGAGACACCAUCUGAUUUGCUUUGUAACCAUAGGUAACGUGUUUUUUUUUAAUUGCUGUACUCGAGCACAUGCAGCCAGAGAUGGAUGUGAACUAGUUUCAGUUUGCUUUACUUCAUUAUGUCUUAUUAAACUCAACACUGUCAUAUCAACUACUGUUUAGCUUCUGGCACUUCUACUGGCAAGCAGUCAUCUGGCACACACACACACACACACAGAGGACACACACACACACACAGAGAGAGAGGACAUGUCACCAUAGUGUGAGUUACACAUUUCAACAUUUCAUCAUUCCUUUAAUGAUGACUCCUCAUACUCUGGUUUUGGAUCAGAAACAGUAUUGUUUACUGUUCAUUACAUUCCUUAAGUUAUCUUUGUUUUUUUUGUUAAACACUAAUUGCAGACCAUUCUGAUACUUUGCUUAAUAAAAUGAGGUGGGUUGAAAAUGUA